AUAGUGCUCCUGCUUCAGUAGAGCUAAGCUUAUUUAAACUCUCUAUUUCACUUGAGUUGAGUGUAAUUAAACUCUCUUCCUCGUGCGUUGUCGUAAGUAACACAUAAACACAGUUUUCAGUGAAGACUUAACCACAAACCGCGGCCGAGGGCUUCGCAUUCAGAGCCCCCUUCCAGCAACCAUUUCAAUGGCUUUGAAUGGUGUGUAAAUCGUACGACACACUAAUCUUUCCACAAACUUGUGCACUUCUAAGAGUUGAACAGUUUUUUGUAAUAAUUUCUACUUAUGGCUUCACUUUAGCUCUUCCAAACAAUGCUAUUUCUGGUUAAAACCACUUUUCUGUCAUUGAGUUGCUAAUCAUAUUUCUAUAACUAAGCACACUGAGUAGAGAAAAUGGAGGAGAAACAUGAGGUUGAUAAGGUUGAUGAUGUUAUUUUGCCGGGUUUUCGGUUUCACCCAACUGAUGAAGAGCUUGUUGGGUUCUACCUCAAAAGGAAGAUACUUCAGCAAUCUUUACCUAUUGAGCUUAUUAAGCAAGUUGACAUCUACAAAUACGAUCCUUGGGAUCUUCCUAAGUUGGCGUCUACUGGAGAAAAAGAGUGGUAUUUCUACUGUCCAAGAGACCGGAAAUACAGAAACAGCUCGAGGCCUAAUAGAGUAACCUGUGCUGGUUUUUGGAAGGCGACUGGGACUGACAGGCCGAUAUAUUCCUCUGAUGGUGCUAAGUGCAUAGGCUUGAAGAAGUCUCUUGUGUUCUACAGAGGCAGAGCUGCUAAAGGGAUGAAGACUGAUUGGAUGAUGCAUGAGUUCCGGUUACCUUCUCUGCAUGAUUCUGCCCCUCCUAAGAAGCUUUUCGACAGAAGUUUUCCUGCUAAUGAUGCAUGGGCAAUCUGUCGAAUAUUCAAGAAGAUAAACACCAUGGCACAAAGAGCUAUUACACACUCUUGGGUAUCUCCAUUAACAGAAACUACUGCAGCAUGUGAUAUGUUCAAUCAAGCUUCGAAUCUUAUAGGCUCUCACUUUAGUCCAGAUAAUAUAUCAUGCACAACCGAAGGAGCGAAUUCAUCCAUACAACCCUGCAACAACAAUAACCUGCAGAACACUACUUCUUCCCCUGUCAGUUUCUCCACCCUUGAUCAAUACAAGCCGAUUACUAAUCCAACGGUCUCUAAAGUAUCCGUGAUCCCAACCUCCUUUGCAGACCUCCAAAAUAACUUGAUCUUCCCAUCAGGUGAAGUUUCUGCCAUGUUCCUGAACCUCACCCCUGCUUUCACCUCAGAAGUUGGUAAAAUCUCAGAUAUUAUAGACUUUGGUGGGUCACAACAGCUUUUUAAUGGUCUUCCUAUGAAUUUAUCACAGAAUAUUAUUGAAGCAGAUGAUCAGUUAGGGUACAGGAAGAACCAAAAUCAGCAGUGGAACAGCAUCAGAUCAAUUGGUUUUCCUUUCAGUUUGCCGUCUUCUGUCUCAAACUCCGGUACUUUAUCAUGGGACUCAGCUCCUUGCCCUAGCGAGUUGUCAACAAGUUAUUCCUCAAACAAAUGCUAUAGGUAGAUUAGAGAUGGAUUUGAAUGUAGGAGAUCUAGUUAGUUUUUUUUAGUGUCAUUUAGGUGCUUAAGUUAGAUCAGCUGUAGGAGGAAGUAGUUUUUAGAGUGCAGUUUAGUUAUUUAGUUAAAAGUUAAAUUUUUUUGUUGUUAAUUCAUAUGCAAAAGCUCUACCUUUCUUGUCACCAGUUUUCUAUGAGGCUACCGAGUCUCAAUUUUGAGCUGUAAAAUUUGUGUCCAGAAAGGGAAAUGACAUAAGUUUCUGUUGAUUGAUGUUGGUGUUAGUGUGUAAAACCUCUUGAAUAUUAAUUCGGCAUGACUUAUAAAAUACAUUCUACCAUGCCAUAAUCCUUAACACUAACCAAAAACUAUUGUAAGAAUUUGAAGAUUUAAUAAACAGGUUAAAUUCUCCACUCCUGAAUUCUCAUGAUGGUGUUUUUUCUCAUCCUCGGACAACAACUUAUUUUUUAGUGUCAUAACAUAAUAAGGUGUUCUUAGUAAAAAAAAAAAAGACAAAACAAAAAAAAAUUAUGCUGCAAUCAAAUUCUGUUUACAACACGU